GCUCCUAUUUCUUUUGUUUGAUUUCCGGGUCCGUUAUUUCUUGAAUGGGGUUUUAUCGCAGGGCUUAUUGUAUUUAUGUUGGUAAUAUUAAUAACUAAAAUGAUUUAUUUUUAUUGAGCAUAAACAAGUAGGCGAAAAAGGCAGGGUUUGCAUUCUUUUAAUACAUUUUUGAAAUUAGUUUUAUGUGCAUCAAUAGUUAUAACACCGGUCUUUUCACACACAAGGAGUCGUGAUUCUAUAUCAAAAGAAACACGUAUUUUCCUCGUUGCUUAACCCAGAGUUUCUUUUGUUGUAAUCGCUAAUAUGUCUACUAAACGUAAGAGAGCCCCAGCCAAAAAAAACGCAAAGAGAGGUAAAAGGAAAGAAGAAAGUGAUAUCGAUUCUGAUUUAUCUGAUAGAAGUGACAAUGAGAAUACUACUCAGCCAGAUGAAGUUCUAAUUGCUGGUCAUGGAGAUGCACUGGAUGAUCUUACACAACUCCCUGAAGAACUCUUGAAAACAAUCAUCAAACCUGCUGGACAAUUGCUUAUUUUUGGACAGGUUCAUUGGGAUAAUGUUGGUAAAAGGGAAAUAAAGCCGACUCCUAAGAUGUAUCCCAAUUUGUAUGUUCCACAUAUAUUCACAGAUUUGAAGGUGCGACUUGCUGUAAGUGGUUGUGUGGCUGCUCAUAGUGUAAUUGUUACUGAAGAAGGCAAGUGUAUGACAUUUGGUCGAAACCCAUAUGGGCAGUUGGGAUUGGAUGACACCAACACUAGGUACUCUCCAACAUUAGUUCCUGGGUUAGAGGAUAAGAAUAUUAUUGGUGCUGCAUGUGGAAGACACCAUACUUUAUUCCUAACCGAUACAGGUACUGUCUAUGCAUGUGGCGAUAAUCGAUCUGGACAGUGCGGUGUUGGAAAUUUACAACCAAAGAUUAUGGUUCCCACUAGAAUCAAUUAUAGAGGACCGCCUAUAAUUAAGGUUGGCUGUGGGGCAGAUUUCUCUGCUAUCUUGGACAUCAAGGGUGGUCUUUGGACUUUCGGACUACCUGAAUAUGGCCAGUUGGGUCAUAAUACUGAUGGAAAGUUCUUCAAGACUAGCACCAAGCUGUGUUUCAAUUUCGAGACAAGUCCAAAGCGUAUCUUGAUAUAUAUCGAGAGAACCAAGGAUGGACAUGUAUCCCCAGUUGAUUUUCCUGAAAUCGUCGAUUUCAACUGUGGUCAGAACCACACUGUUGCGAUAGACAGCAAGAAAAGGGCUUUCUCUUGGGGUUUCGGAGGAUUCGGACGUUUGGGCCAUAAUGAACAGAAAGAUGAGAUGGUUCCUCGCUUGAUCAAAUUCUUUGAUUUCCAAGGAAAGGGAGUGAGAUCUGUUCAAUGUGGCUCCACAUACAGUCUUGCGCUUUCUGACUUGGGAAUACUAUUCAUGUUUGGUCAAACCAAAAGAACUGGGGAGGCCAACAUGUAUCCUAAGCCAAUUCAAGAUCUCAACGGAUGGAAUAUACACCACAUUGGUGCAGGAUUCACUUCCAUACUUGUACACGCAGAUGAUGCGAUUAUAGCGUGGGGGGCCUCUCCAACUUACGGAGAACUUGGACUUGGUGAUAUGCAGAAGUCUAGCACCGUUCCGAAAGAGGUCAACAAACUUGGUGGCCUGAAGGUGCUUGGCUUGACCAUGGGUUUCAGUCAUAGUCUGGUGAUUGUGAAUAAUGCCUUGCCGGAAGUUCAAGAAAAACUGAAAAAUUUCCAAACUUUCACCCCUUAGAUGUACUCAACAUUCCCCAUACGAUGAGUAAUUUUCAUGUCUCCUAGUUAGGAUCAUAACGUUAAGCGAAAAAAAAAUUGUAACCAUAAAUUUCAUCACAGAUUAAUAAGAAAACUUUCGUCGUGUUCAGCGUAAGGAUGCAUAGGUUACAUAUGCUCGAUAAAAAUGAAUCCGCACACCUCAACUAAAUCCAUUUUCCAGUAUUUGAUAUCACCUAAUCCAUUCGUCAUAUAAAUGCAUAAAAAAAAUAAAACGGGAAGUGUUCUAAACGCAUGUGCCUAAGUGAUCUAUACACUCUUAAGCUUUUUGAUGUACUAGGUUUAAAACUAUUCGACAUUUCGUAAAAAUGAGUUUUGGCAUUGCGUUUCCUCAAGUCAUAUCGGGCAGAUUUAUUAUUGGUCUGUGGUGAUAUGAUUCUGACAAGUUUUGUUUUAACUAUACCUUAUAUGUUCAGUAUUUUUAUAUUUAUUGUUUAUAAUGAAUACAGAAUGUGUAACUAUUAUAAUAUUUUCAACUGGUAAUUGGUCUUUUUCAUUAAAGUUUUUUCAGGAAA